AUAGACCUGUUUCCAUAAGGCUGCACAAGGCGGUGCUUCUCCAACAGCAACACCAACAUCCUGGAAGACUUUACACAUCCAUGAAGCUGUGAGUUCAAGCCGCAGGCGCCGUGAAGUAAACACCACGCGGGGGAGAAUAUCUGACGCUGCCAACACAAAAGACUUGAAGCCUUUCUCUUUAAAAAAAACAACAACAACAACAAACCCUACACUUCAACUGAAGUUUUUAACUUUUAAUUUCAACGGAGCAAAAAGUCUUGAAGAUGAGUGACUUGUGAGCUCGCGCCGGGAGACCCCGAGGAAGUGCCUCCAUCGUCGUCAAGUUUAACAAAAGAAGACAAAGGCUGAGCAGAAUAUAUCCCUCACAUCGCAGCCAUGGACUCAGGAAAGCAAAUAACGUUUCCACUGAUGAUGAGUGUUGGAACAGCUGUGCUGGGCUCCCUGCAAUUCGGCUACAACACCGGUGUCAUCAAUGCCCCUCAAAAGAUCAUUGAGAAGUUCAUCAAUGAGACGUGGUCCGAACGCUACCAGGAGCCCAUCAGCAAGAGCUCCCUCACGGCUGUCUGGUCCAUCGCCGUCUCCAUCUUCUCUGUUGGUGGCAUCUUUGGCUCCUUCUCCGUUGGACUUUUUCUCAAUCGCUUUGGAAGGAGGAACUCUAUGCUCAUGGCCAACGUCCUGGCCUUCAUCGCGGCCAUUCUCAUGGGCUUUUCGAAGAUGGCGAGCUCCUGGGAAAUGCUGAUUGCUGGUCGUUUUGUGGUGGGCCUCUAUUCCGGCCUCUCCACAGGCUUCGUGCCCAUUUAUGUGGGUGAGGUUUCCCCAACAGCCCUACGAGGAGCGCUGGGCACCUUACACCAACUGGGAAUUGUCCUCGGCAUCCUCAUUGCACAGGUGUUUGGAAUGGAGUCGAUCAUGGGCAACGACGACUUGUGGCCACUCCUUUUGGGCUUCAUCGUCAUCCCUGCUGUGGCACAGUGCAUCCUGCUGCCUUUCUGCCCCAAGAGCCCCCGCUUCCUGCUCAUCAACAAGAACGAAGAGAACAAGGCCAAGAAUGUGUUGAAGAAGCUCAGAGGCACCUCAGAUGUGAGCUCUGACAUGCAGGAGAUGAAGGAGGAGAGCCGGCAGAUGAUGAGAGAGAAGAAAGUGACCAUCCCGGAGCUUUUCCGCUCGCCCCUCUACCGCCAGCCCCUCCUCGUUGCUGUCAUCCUGCAGCUCUCCCAGCAGCUGUCUGGCAUCAACGCUAUAUUCUACUACUCCACUCGUAUCUUUGAAAAAGCCGGAGUUGAGCAGCCUGUCUACGCCACGAUUGGAGCCGGUGUAGUUAACACAGCCUUCACCGUGGUGUCGCUGUUUGUCGUAGAGCGUCAGGGACGUAGGUCUCUGCACCUGCUGGGGCUGCUGGGAAUGGCCGGAUCUGCCAUUCUAAUGACUAUCGCCUUGGCUCUGUUGGACCAGCUCAAAUGGAUGUCAUAUCUGAGCAUCGUGGCCAUUUUCUCCUUCGUCGCGUUCUUUGAGAUCGGACCGGGUCCCAUACCCUGGUUCAUCGUGGCAGAGUUGUUCUCGCAAGGACCCAGGCCGUCAGCCAUGGCUGUCGCUGGUUUCUCUAACUGGACGGCUAACUUCAUAGUGGGAAUGGCCUUCCAGUAUGUAGAGGAACUGUGCGGCCCCUACGUGUUUGUCAUCUUCACAGUGCUGCUACUCUCGUUCUUUGUCUUCACCUACUUCAAAGUGCCGGAGACCAAGGGCCGGACGUUUGACGAGAUCUCGGCCGGCUUCCGCCAGACGGCUGCCACCGGAGGAGAAAAGCACUCGCCGGAGGAGCUCAACAGCCUGGGAGCAGAUUCUCAGCUCUGAGCGACUGAUUCUAACGUCUAAAACAAAAAAACAAAAAAAAAAACUCUUUCUCAGACCCAGGAGGGACGAGAAGGGUCUACUAACUAGACGUAGACACAUCCAUUGGUAGAAUAAUUUUCACACUGUCACCACAUUUCGGGCGUCAUUACCAAACACAGAGCAGCCCUGUGUGAUCCUCCUACAUGACGUCCUCCGCUGCCCCUCUCACGUCACACAAGGAAGCACAAAACUCGAUGGGCACUAUGUCGCCUGAUGUUGAGAGAGGAGUUGAGGAUAGAUGGGGAAGGUUUUUUAAUAUUUUAAAGAAGGAAAAGGAGUGUCUGCAUCAAUGAACCAACCUUUUUUUUCACUGAAUAUAUAACUGACGUGUGCUCUGUACUUUGUAGCCUGUUACCAUACAGUCCGUUUGUUACUAUCUGGUUUAAGAACGCUGCGGCUGUAGAGAUCCGUUCACUGUGCAGAAUACUUGUUGUUAUCUAUCAUACUGUAAUGCUGUAUCACUGUAGACUCUUGCACUGGAGAUGCUGCACAGCUCGAUUUAUCUCUCCCCACCAGAGGGGGCACUGCCCUUUUGUUUUUUAAAAAGGUCCCAAUCCUCCACUGCUGAGAAACACCUUAUUUGUACCUUGCUGAGUGAAUACACAGCCUGUGGUAUGUCAGUGUGAGGAUGACAUGUAUUAGACUAAUAUAAACACUCCACAUAUUAUAUAUUGUGUUACUUAUUUACUCCUACUGGACAAUAUUUUACUCUUUUUAUUGUAAGACAAAGGAAUUUUAUAAGUUUUUAAUAAGAUUUAUCGUCGCGAAGACGAAACUAAUAUAUCAAAGAAGUUCAUCCACCGUUCACGUCGUUUGACACCAUUCCUUUUUAACAGUACAUUCGAUACAAUAAAUUCUGACGUGGCUCAGUAGCAAAGAAUCAAUCAUCCAUCCUGUUUUAUAAUGACAUGAGAUAAUAACUCUCACAAUCAGCAGCCACAAAACCAAAUGUCCGUCUCACAGAAGUAGAACAUUUGUGAGAUUAAGUGCCCGUCUGAAACAAUCGAGCGUCCUCCGCCUUUUAGCCUUUUCAGCCUUUUAGCCUUUUCACUUGGGAGCAGCUUAGGGUCAGGUCAGGCCUGUUCCCGACUGAAAGCUUCUGUCGUCGGACGAUCUUCACUUUUAAGUAUUUUUUUUGAGUUGCGAUAACCUGUAGAGCUUCCAAACUCUGGCCGAUUGGCUUAAGAGCUGUCUGGAUCUUUUCACACAAACGGGAGCUUCAUUCUGUGACAACUACAAAGAAAAGGAUAAAGAAAUUAUGGGGACCAAAAUGAAUGUCGGUCUUUUUGGAAGGUUUACGUUAUCCUGAAAGUGCUCAUCACCCGUCACGGGUCACACUCCCAGUGUUCCUCGUGCUCUCUGAAGUCCAUUAUGUGUCAUAGGAGGCGGACACGUUUUGCUAGGCUUGUUUUUGUGCCUUGUGCUCUGAAUUGUGCAGUAUUGUCAGCUCUCUCUCUUCGGGGGUUGUGUACUGCCACUGUAUAACAGUAGCUGGUGGAAAUAAACGUCGUAGUCUCGCUCUCUUUGCCUAGCUGUUCAAGUCUAUCACUGCUGUAUCACUUGUUGAACCUUUCUCUUUUCUUUCCAUGCGUUGUUUUAAGGAAAGUUGUCUUUUUUAGCAGCACUUUAUUAUUCACAGUGAUAUUUCUUUUGUAGAAACGAACACUAUGAGGUUGUUUCAGUUUGUCGUUUUUUACUCACAGUGUGGAAUCUUUGUUACUGAAGAGAGACUGAAGUACUGCUGAUGGUUACUUGAUGUUUUUGAAAUGGAAAUGUGUGAAAUAGUAUCAAAUUGUUCACAUCUAUUACAGUCUUGUAUUAAGCACAUUCAGGUGUGUACACACACACACACACACACACACACACACACACACACACACACACACACACACACACACACACACACACACACAGAGGUCAGUUGAAAGUAAUACUCAUAGUCUAAUGAGGACUUUAAUCAAAAUCCAACCCAGUCGUCAAAAAUCAAUUUGAGUCAUUCCAUAAUUGGUUGUUAAUUAUUGUAUAUAGUAGAUCUGUAGAGCAUAUAUUUAGUCAUGUAAUGGGUCACCCCCACCCACCCUGGAAAGCACUGUGACAUCCACUUUCUGUGCCUUUUGUGAGACUUUCAAUAUCUUCACCAGCAAAGAUCAUACCGUGGCUCUAAAAGAUGUGCUUCCCUUCACAUACUGAUGUCUGUUGCAAUAGUCAAAACUGUAUUUUAUGUACAUAGAUUCACAAUUCUGCUGGGGAAUUUGAUUUUAAUUUAGCCUUUAAAAUCCUGGUUUAUGGUCUGAGCACACAAGAUGAUGUAAAUAUGACACACUACAGCCUCACCCGCUCUAAAUGUAUAAGAUAUUUAACUUUUAGAAACUCCUUUUGAUGGAUAAAUUAAUGAUUCGUACUAUAGGGCUGUACUUCUCUAAGCAUUUAGCUUCCAUACUUGUGUUUGAUUUUAUACCUGAAAACGUGUUGUGGCCUAAUAAUACCAUAAUAAAAGAUUGAAUUCAGAUUUUUACAUGUAAGGAUUUUGUUAAUGAAAGGUUCAGUAGUGUUUUCAUUUUAGUGCACAGAGCAUAUUCUAAUGUUUGUAAUAAUUAAAGAUCUGUGUGUAUGGUGGCCUUCUGCUGGGGAAAAUGACUUGAGAUGGAUGAUGAAUGAUUUCACAGUUUUGUGAAAGUGGUUUGAUGCUAAAUAAAAGAAAUCCUGCAUACAGA